AUGAAACCUGAUACGACUGCCCCGGAAGGUGAUGGGGACGAGUCCGGCUGUGGUUACGAUAAUGCCUUCAGAAAACACAAAAACAAUGAACGACAGAAAGAAAGGAAUGAGAGAAUAAAGAAUGACAUGAUGGAACUUCAAUCAUUGCUGCCUCCGGAAAUGCAAACUGACAAAAAACAGUCUCAUCAUGACUUACUCCAAUUGUGCAUCAGUUUUAUGAGGACACUGCUCUACCAAUCAAAUCAGAUGAAAUUAGGUCAAACCCAGGAUAGCUCCACCAAUAGCGGUCUAGUUAAAAAUAAUGAACAGCUGGUUAGUGAGAAUGACAGUUUAAAAGUGGAAUUAAAUAACUACAGAAAUUUCUUUCAAAGCAUAGGCUUGCCAUUGAGCAUUGACGUCUCGCAGCUGGCUGUACAGUGGAGGUACAAAACUCAGGAGGAACUCGGUCAAACUACUGACAUCAACAAUCCAUCGUAUAAUCAAUUUUUCAACAACAAUAUCAGUAAUUAUAAUAACAAUAAUAGCAACAACAAUACUCUUCAACAGUUCUACAGUCAACAGCCUUCUCAAUACAGUUGCAUGCAGCAGCAAAAUCUAUUGCCAUCUAUUGACAACAGUAACAACAACAAUGAUGCUCAACAAUUUUUCAACCAGCAACAAAUGUUGCCAACAACAACAACGCAACAACAACAUCUGAAUUUGUUUAGUCCACUGUUGCCUUCGCUUCUUAACAGCAAUUUCAGUAACAGCAACAACACAAACAAUGACAUCAACACUUCUGACAACAACAGCAUCAACAACAAUGAAUCAUCAUCAUCAACAACAACAAAUUUUUCCUCCAACAUCUCAAAUGAUAGAUCUGAUAUUGCAACAGCAGCAACAACAACUACAACAUCUUCAAUGCUUUUCGACAAAAACAACAACCAAUUAAUAAACAGUGCUUCAUUAUCAGUUGAGAUACCAAACUCAACUGAAUCGAUAUCUACCAUAUCGUCGUCGUCAUCGUCAUUGUUGAUGUCGUCCCCAGCGACAACAUUAUCUGCAAUACUUUCAUCAGUCGAACAACAACCACCAGCACAACAGCAGCAACAACAACAACAACAACCACAGCAGCUACCUCCACAACUGCAACAAACACAACAACAGACACAAAUACAACAGCAACAAAAUGAAUUAUCAACAUCAGUGCCUUUUAGUGUUAGCACUAACGACAACAGUAAUAACAUCAACAAUAACAAUAGUAAUGAACUUUCAAAUGCUUCAAUUAAUGUCCUGAACGACAACAACAACAUCGGCAGCAACAGAAAUACUGAUAUCUCCAAUAACAGCAACAAUGAUGAUGGCCAAAUUGUCCCAGUGGUCACCCAGCCAAAUCUGUUGUUCCCACAACAGCAAUGCAUCUCAGUUUCUGGUGGGUUGGUGGUUUCAAAUAAUGGCCAACCUCGUAAUGUUACUUCAAAUUUGACUCCAAUUGCUGCUAAGCCAAUUAAUAAUGUGGCUAUGCAGACAGCUGUCAACAAGAAAAAGAAACUGAACAACAGUCUUGGUAGCAACAGUAAUAAUAGUAACAACAACAACGCACAACUGCCAGCAUCCAUGACUGCCAUGUUGACUGCUGAUGGGAAUGUGAUUCUAACAUUUCCAGCAACAAGCACCAACUCAACCUUGCAGCAACCUGACAACAAAUUGUUGCCAGGCAAGUCCAGUCAGAGAACUAUAAUGCCAAAACCGAUGACUGCACCUGCAACCAUGCCCGCCACACAAAAUAACGGGUUUUUAUUGUCUCAACAGAACGGCUUCCUUCCACUGCAACAACAACAGCAGCAGCAGAAUGGUUUGAUAAUGACGACUCCUAUGUUUCAAAAUGUUCCCAACAUACCGUCCAUGUUGCCACAACAGUUCAAUGUGGUCCAACAACAACUUGCUCAACAACAACAACAACAAAUGUUGCCAAUGCAAGUUCUGCCGACUCAACAGCUGUUACAACAACAGCCACAACAGAUAGUGAUGGAUCGGCAGCAGCAGCAGCAGCUAUUCGACGUGAACAACGUCCAGCAGCAACAACAUCUGCAGCCACAUUCAAAUUCUGAUAUAUUAGCUCAAGCUGCAGAAUCCAUAUUCAGCAAUGAUUGUAUAUCACCUGUUAAAGAUCAUCAAGCCACUAAUAACUUCAGUCAAUCAACCACGAGUUCAAAUUCAAUUUUUAACCAAUCAACCACUAAUUUCAAUCAAUCAACUACAGAUUUCAGCCACUCAAAUGCCAGCUUCAAUCAUUCAACCACCGAUUUCAACCAGCCAGCUUCUAAUUUUGUUCAGACCUCAGUUGAAGCCAAUCGCUCAGCUUCAGGAAUGGGUCUCCUUGCCACAGUUGCAUCCACAUUGGAUAACACUUCUGCAGUUAUCAACACUGCUAAUGUUGAUGCAGCAGGUUUCGGUAGCACUGCUACACUACCACUCAGUUCUUCAGCAGCUAAUUCCAAUCAAGUUACAAGUGACUGCAAUCAGACGGCUUCAGAGCUCAACUACUCGACAUCAGACUUCAAUGGUUCUACAAACUUUCAAGCUUUGCUGAAUAAUGGAAGCUGUAAUGUCGCAGUUGACAGUCAUCAAUUCCAAAGUGCUGGCAACAUUUCAGUCAAUCAGCUACUCAGUAGUUCCUCCCUUACGACGUCUACUUCCUUGCUUGCAGAUAAGUGCAUAGUUUCACCAUCAACAACAAUGACAGGAUUGCUGCCUGCAACAAACAACAUCAGCGCUCCAGUAACUGCAAAAGUGGCCACAAAGAAACCAAGAAAACGUAAGCAGAGACCACUGACAGUGACAGACCAGCCAGCAAUAAGUGAGGUUAUAGAAUUUCCAGAAAAUUUUGUUGCUAAUGCCAAGAACAAGAAAAAAAUUGUGAAGACAGUUGGUUACAGUUAUUUUAAUCAGAAAGUGAACGUUGAUGCCACUGCAGACAUCAGUAAUAAUAAUAACCUCUAUUCCACAAGCAAUCAAACAAACGACAGCAUGUCAUUUCAGCAAGUGAUCAACACACUAACAACAAUAACAACCGCUACCCUAGCAUCAACAUCAUCUUCAAUGGCUUCACAUAGUGACGCAUCUUUUAUCUUGCCAUCAUCAUCAUCAUCGGCUAUUUCACCAUCAUUAUCACUGCAAGCCUCGUCCAUAAUGACAUCCUCGUCUACAACAUUGACCAACGCGUUGAUUGAUGACAACGUAGAAUCAGACAUCACUGAUUUUUCUGACCUAAUUCGAAUGGAGCCGAUGACUCCGAGGCCCUCUGAUCAAUCGGGCAGGGUUACCCCCAACCACCAACUUAACUGUCUGAAUGAUUCUUACAUGACCACACCGACUGUCAAUUUUCACGCUGGCAAGAAGAAGGCUUACAGCUAUAACUUUGAGUCUAACAAUGUUAAUGAUGAUUUCAAAACCCCUCAAAAUGACCUGACUUUGACUUAUUCAAGUUCCGAUUCGACUCCAACUCCAACAAUUAACACAAUUAAUGACAAUAUAAAUAAUAAUGAUGAUUAUACUACUACUGCUACUAAUAAUACUAAUAACGUUAAUAGUAACAAUAAUACUUUUGUUGCUGUCAUGGCUACGACUUCCAACAUUAUGACCACUACUUCCAUCUCUCUUACUGCUGCUACUUCUAUUUCAACGUCCUCUUGUUCUAUUUUUACCACCCCGGAACCUCUAGCCCCAUCUAAAAAUAGCCAGCAAUCAUCUUCGAGGAGUCGAAAAUCAACGCGAAAGACUUUGCAAUAUUUUGAAAGCAGCUCACAGAUGCCUAAUGAUGAAGAUGAGGUGGGAGGAGUUUGUGAUACGCCAAUCAAAGAUGGUGAAAUGAUUCAAAUGGCAACAACAACAUCGACGCCAUUUUCAUCAACACUAACAACAUUUGCACCUCUGCCACCAACACCAACAGCACUAUCUACAACAACCACAACAACAGCAACGGUCUCAACACCAACACCCGUGAAAAAUUCACGAAGAACCAGGUCACAGAGCAAAGUUGAUGCAGAAAAUAUUGCUAACAGUAAAUCUUCGGAAGAUGUCUACGCAUUUGAGCCUACAGAAAAUGAAGUUGACAACAACAGCAACACUACCAGCGGCAUCAGCUUUAUCACAACGCCAAGAACGCCAACUACUAAAACGAUUAUGAGGACCCCUAGAAGGAAGAAAGAUAAAUUGGAUUGCUCUGCUACCUUCAACAACAAAGAAUUGUGUGUCUCAGUUAAGAAACUUCACGCUCAAAAUAUUUCAGCCUACUGUAAUGACAGCAACAACAUCGAUCAUACAGCUGUAACAAGAAGCUACAUUUCAAAUCUCGCUGAAAAUAAAUCCACAACAUCGACGACGAUGUCGAACACCAUCACAGAUGAAGUCCCACUACCCAGUUUGAAGUGGUUGGAACCAGAGGACACACCAGCUGGCAAGAAGAGAUACUCUAGAAGUAAAAACAAUAACAAUGGUAAUAAUAGUAGAAAUAGAAAUAAAGCUGAUGGUAUUGAUGCUAGCUCAAGAAGGAGAUCUAGGGCUUCUAAUGCUGCUAAUUCUAUUACUACUGAUACGACUGCUGCUGCUACUGAUGCUAUUACUACUACUACUAAUACUUCUACUACUGCUGCUGCUGCUGCUGCAGCUGCUACUGCUACUGCUACUUCUAUUGUUUCUUCAACUAUUUCUUCAGCAACUGGAGUUACCAUCGAUAUAAGUAGCCAUGUUAAUGAGAGUAGAGGUAAUGAUAUAGUCAAAAAUUCCAUUGAAAGAAAUUAUGAUUUAGAAAGUAAUAUUAACCAAAAUAAUAAUAAUUACAGCAAUAGUAAUAAUAAUAAUAAUUACAGUAAUAAUAAUAAUGUUACGGAUGUUGAGAUGACAACUGAUGAUGCUAUUGUCAACAGUAGCAGCACUGCUUUUAUUGCAUAUAGCAGUAGUUAUUUGGUUGAAAAUGUGGACCACCGAAAUGUCGUUGUUGAUGUCACUGAAAAUAAUUUCAGCAACAACAACAACCACUCAACUGUCAGCAACGACAUUAAUAAUGCUAACGACGAAGUUAAAUGCGCCAACAGUGCAACAUUUGACGAAGGAACCCAGACUUUGAAGCAGGAAUUGAAACAAUUGAGGAAAGAAAAAAAAUUAAAAAAGUCGCUGGAGAAGAAAAUGCAACAGCUGCAACAGCAGCAGCAACAACAACAACAUCUACUACAAACCAAUAACGCUAGUGAUAAUAAUGACGACAACAAUAACAUCAACGAUGAUGGCAUCAAUAACAUUAAUUCUUCACAAUUACCAUCUCAUGACCCCUUACAAGUGGGAAGUAUAGAUCUUCUUACAACCAGUCAAAAUGAAAAUAUGUCCUCGUCAAUGGCAACUCAAACAGAAAAGAAAUCGAAUAAGAGAAAUAACAAAAGAAGUAACGUUAAUAACAAUAGAAAUGCGGCUUGCGAUGAUGCAAUUGUCAAUUGUGAUCAGGAAGAUGACGUAGACAAUGACGCAACUUCUUCAUUCAAAAAGUUCAAAAACACCCAGGAUAAUUUAAUUACCAAAGAUACACCAUUGACGAUGAAAAUUAAACGAACAGCUGACAAAUCAAAUUUCUCUGUAGAAACUGUUUUUCCCAACAAAACAUCAACUGUAACCAUGACAACAACAACAACUACUACAUCUUCUUCAAACAGCACUUUAAUGUCAGCUGAUUACACCAACGCAUCGCACUCUAUAACGACAACAACGGCAAAUAACAUUAACAACCUUAACAACAACAUGUACUACAAUAUGCUCGGCCAGGAUUACAUCAAUAACAAUAACAUUAAUAACGACCAACAUCCCAAAAUUGAUAGUAACAACGACUUCAAUAACAACAAUGAUAACGACAACGCCGACAAUCCUGUAGCAAAACAGCCAUAUGUAGUUUUGAAACAGCCCAACUAUAAUAAAAUAAGCAGUCAAAACAAGAGUAUGCAGGAUGGAGAAUACAGCGCUAACAAUAAUAAUACUAACAUUACUAGCGCUUCUAACAUUAACGCCGCUAAAAACGAUGUUGUCACUGCUGCUAGUAGUGAAACUGAAAGUGAAAGUAAUGGAAAUUCGAAUGUGAAAAUGAAAGCGGCUCAUCACCAGAAUUUGGUGACCCUGGCGAGGAAUGUCAUAGCCCCAACGAAAUUAGGAGCUGAAUCAUCAAGAGUGUCAAGUAAAAUGGCUGCCCAGAUGGCUAGGACGAAACAGGAAGGAAAUAGAUGUAAAAAAGAUGAUAAAUCUACCCAAGAUAAUUCAAAAAAUAAAAAUUCCUUUGACUGUUCUAAGGGUAUUGGAAAUCGUGAUUCGCCUGUUUGUUAUGAUCUGACAACUACAAACAACAACAGCAACAACAACUGCAAUAACAACAGUAAUAAUAAUAACAACAACAGCAAUAACAACAAUUGUAGUAAUAGCAACAAUACAAACAAUCUUAACAUCAAUCCAACUGGUAAUAGUAAUAAAAUCUUACAUUAUGAUAUCAACGAAAACAACAACAACAACAGCUAUCGAAGCAACAACUCAACCAACAGCACCGUUGUUAAUCACAGUAACAAUGAUAACAUCAAUUAUCACAGUAAUAACAUCUACACCAGCAAUAGCAAUAACGCUAUUAAUAAUGUUAACAAUAGCGAGAAUGACAUUAAUAAUAAUGUUAAUGUAAAAAGUAACAAAAGCCACCAACAACAGCAACAACAACAGCCACCGUCGUGCAAACACAGCAAAGCCUCAAACGACAACCUGACAUCAGUUGCAAACAAAACCAACAACAACCACAACAACAUGAAAUCAAAGCAGCAGAGCGAGCAACCACAAUGCAGUAACAACAACAACAACAAACAGAGGUCGUCAUCGACGUCAUCUCAUGAUGACCACUUGAAGACCACCAGCGACAGCCACACUAACAACUUCGACCAGCACCAUGCGUUUGCACAUCCCUACUAUCCUUACUACAACAACAUCCACCAGUUCAAUUUCGAUAUGUUUGCUCAUUCGACGACUGCAAAUAGGUUUGGACCAUUUGACACGCCCCUAAAUUUUUUGAGGGAUUGUGCCACAGCCUUUCCAAGCCCAUUUGGCGGUCGAAGUUUUGGUAUGGUAGUGGACAGCAACCAACGCAACGACAGUGGCGGUAAAAAUAACAACAGCGCACUAAGCUUGCCGUCGUGUAAUAAUAACAAGCACCACGAUAAUGCCAGCAACAACAGCAGUAAUAACAAUUUCAAUUUAAACAGCGGCAGUGUCGAUCGCCCAUCGUCGUCAUCUUCCUCCUCAUCACCAGCUGCUGCACUAAGCAAGCAGCAGCAGCAACAACAGCCUAAAAAACAAGCCCCAAUGGCAUGUGACCCAUUCUUUGAUCCACAUUACAUGAGUCAGUUUCUAAGCCUUGGAGGAAUUGGACCGACAGCUUCAAAGGAUUCCAUCUCGCCAUAUUUUCAUUCCCCUAACUUCUUCCAUAAUUCAGCAAUGCCUGCCAGCAGGAACCAAUCCAGUUCGAAGAUGACAAAAACUUUGCACCACAGAAAUUCGGAAGAAGCGUACAACAACAACAAUGGUCAUAACAGGUCAUCAUCUUCAUCCUCAUUGGAGUACCCUGCCGAUUACACGAAUUCUAGAUUGCAACAACAGCCACAACCACCACAUCGUAGCAGCAACAACAGCAGCAGCAACUCUUCAAAUUUCCACAGCAACAUGAAUCCUGCCCACCACCAUCCACACUCGUCAUUCGGUUCCAUCUUCUCUGACCACGGCUCCGACAAAGCACCCAACUACCAACAUUCAAUGAUGGAUUACUACUACCACCACCAACAGCAACAACAGCAUCAACACCAUAAUUAUUCAGGUAGGAGGAGUCAGGAACUGCCAAUCAAUCCAAUCAUGAUGAUGAAUCAUCAACAGCAUCCCUCGACUGGAUCGUCUUUCGAUCCGCUCAAUGGCCACUAUUUCAAUUUUCCUAUGCAUAAUUUAUGAUAAUGAACGGAAAUCCUGAUGUUGGCCUGUGAAUGAUUGGCUUAUUUUGACUCCAUCCACUUAUUAAUUAGUUAAUUAAGGGAGAAAGAGAUAUAAGAGAUGAAUUGUAUUUUUUAGUUAUCAAUUUUUUGAGAUUCUGUAGUAUAUUUAUGUUUAUUUAUUUUAUGAAAUUUAUUUUCUUCUCUUUGUUUUAUUUUUUGAAAAAA